AUUGUUUGGCAACCAUGUGCGGCCCAUACCGUCAAUCUUAUGCUAAAAGAUAUAGCAAAAUUUCCUGAGGUUGAUGUGAUAGUCAAGAGUGCCAAGACAAUCUGUAGGUUCAUGCAUAAGCACAAUAACCUCCAUGAUAACAUGAAGAAGAACAUAGGUGGUGAACUAAUUAGACCAAAUGCCACCCGUUUUGGGACUGUCUUCAUGUUCCUUGAGAGUUACCAUUCAAAGAAAGAUAAAUUUAGGGAGUGGAUGGUUUCAAAGGAUUGGAAGGAGUGUCAGUGGAGGUAUGAGCCUGGGUAUGUGUUUGCUGAAGAGUGUUUGUCUAGUAAUGUUUGGUGGAACGCACUAGAGUGGGUAUUGAGUUCAUUGAGGCCACUUUAUACGGCCAUGAGGUAUGCUGAUACACAAAAACAAUGCACACUUUCUGGCUUCAAAAAAAGCAUGAUGCUUGCUAUACAAAGGAUGGAAGCCCAUCUUGGCCCUACAUCAAGGUUGUACCUUUCGUUCAUGCGCAAGGUGGGCAAGAGGAUAGAUGCAAUGGAAGAAGAUACAUUUAUGGUUGCAGCUGCUGUCCUUGACCCAUAUACACAUUACAAGCUGAACCUUUGCAACCACACAGAUUAUGCCACUUCACUAACAGAUGCGAUAGCGAAGAUAUUAGACCCAGUGAGUGCUCUUUCAGCCAUUGAUGAAGUGAGCAAGUUCAGGGAGUGCCAAGGGAGGUUUGGGACCAGAUUGGCAGAAGAAGCUGCGGCGAGAAUGGGGCCAAGUAAGUUAUCUUGCAGCCCAAUGGUGGUUUCAGUUUGGAGGGGAUGUUCCUGCAUUGCAGAAAUGUGCAAUGAGAAUUUGCUCACAAUGUGUCUCCUCUAGUGGGUGUGAGAGAAAUUGGAGCGCUUUUGCUUUGGUGCACACAAAGCAAAGAAGUCGUCUUCUAUAUGACAAGCUCCACAAGCUAGUUUCUGUACGCUACAACUUAAAGGUAUAAACCAUCACUUUUACUU